AUGAGUAUGGGAACACCAGCCGUUGUCAUGGACAAUGGGACAGGUUUAACAAAAUUAGGUUUUGCUGGUAAUGAUUCACCAUCAUAUGUCUUUCCAACUGCAAUUGCAACAUCUACCGCAUCUUCCAAAACUUCCAAAGGUGCCGCAGCAGCCAGAGCCUCGAAUCUUUCUUCCAAACGAGGAUUAGAAGAUUUAGAUUUCUUCAUUGGAGAUGAAGCAAUUGAAGCUUCAAAUGGACCUAAUUAUGGUUUACACUAUCCAAUCAAACAUGGACAAAUUGAAGAUUGGGAUCAAAUGGAAAGAUUUUGGGAAAGUUCAAUUUUCAAAUAUUUAAGAUGUGAACCUGAAGAUCAUUAUUUCUUAUUAACUGAGCCUCCUUUAAAUCCUCCUGAAAAUAGAGAAAGUACUGCUGAAAUCAUGUUUGAAAGUUUUAAUUGUGCUGGUUUAUAUAUUGCUGUCCAAGCAGUUUUAGCUUUAGCUGCCAGUUGGACUUCUCCAAAAGUACAAGAUAGAUCCUUAAGUGGUACAGUUAUUGAUUCUGGUGAUGGUGUUACUCAUGUUAUUCCAGUUGCUGAAGGUUAUGUUAUUGGUGCAGCUAUUAAGAAUAUCCCAAUUGCUGGUAGAAGUAUUACUCUGUUUAUUCAAAAAUUAUUAAGAGAUCGUGGUGAACCUGAUACUAGUUUACAAACUGCUGAACGUAUAAAGCAACAAUUCUGUUAUGUUUGUCCUGAUAUUGUUCAAGAAUUUAGUAGAUUUGAUCAAUAUCCAGAAGAAAAAUUUGCUCAAUAUAUUGUUGAAUAUACUGAUAGAAACAAAACUAAUACUGUUGAUGUUGGUUAUGAAAGAUUCUUAGCACCUGAAAUCUUUUUCAAUCCAGAAAUUUAUUCUUCUGAUUAUUUAACUCCAUUACCUACUGUUGUUGAUCAAGUUAUUCAAGCUUCUCCAAUUGAUGUUCGUAAGAAAUUAUAUAAGAAUAUCGUCUUAUCUGGUGGUUCUACUAUGUUUAAAGAUUUUGGUAAGAGAUUACAAAGAGAUUUGAAAUCAAUUGUUAAUGAAAGAAUUGGUAUUAGUGAAAGAUUAAGUGGAGUUCAAAGUUCUGGUGUUGAUGUUUCAGUCAUUAGUCAUAAGAAACAACGAUAUGCAGUUUGGUUUGGUGGGUCAUUAUUAGCCCAAACUGCCAAAUUUAAGAGUUAUUGUUACACUAAGAGUGAUUAUGAUGAAUAUGGACCAAGCAUUGUUAGAAACUUCUCUUUAUUUGCUGUACCAUAA